UUAUUGAAAUUUUCGUAGAACAUAGAAUUUAUGGAGUGUUGGCAGUAGAGACUAAAUUUAAAAAACCAUUUAAAUUGAACAAAGUAAUUACUAAAAAUCGCAUAAGCUCGUUAGGGGUCAUCAUUGUCUCUUCCCCCUGGGAAAUUUCUUCAGCAACAAAUUAAAUUCAUCCUCCACUCGUUAUCGAUCAUCAUCCCGCGUAAUCAAACCCCAGAGCGCCAUUGAUUAGUGAAAAUUCCCCGGAAUUUUAACGAGCGAGACAAUUGUCACAAGUGAAGUCCCAGAGAAAGGAAAAUAUUUCCUGGAAGCGUGUCUUCACGCUCACUGGACACUUUGCAAUAUUGCUCUGCGUCUCCCUCAAAAUUUCUUCCUCUUUCUCCCACAUUAACUUCAUCGUGCAAGGAUUCUUCAGCCGUAUCUUCUUGUUACUCUUCAUUCCGUCCUAUUCUUCCCCCAACGUGGAGUUUACGUUUUCCCCCACAUGGCAAUGGUACCACCUACACUGGACACUUCUUCCAGUGUACUUAGUGCGUGUCCGUAACAAGUACAUCAGUUCAAAACAAAAAAUUGUCCUUUCAGUCUGUAGCAGUGUUACGAAGUGACAUGUUGGUCGUCUAUAUUCUCCUCAAUCACAAAUACCAUAACAACGACCUUCUCAAACCCAAAUUAACACAAAAUUGUUGAUCAUUGUCAUAAACACUUUGUUGUCGGUCAGUGAUAAAUUGAUGAAUAAGUGAUCUCGUGUGUCGAUUCUUCCUAAUUAUUGGAUCAGGUAAAUGAGGAAAAACAAAAAAAUUAGAGGAUAGGAAGAACAUGAAGAAUUGCUUGCAAUUGAGUCAAAGACUUGGAUUUUGUUCAGAACUUGAAAGUGAAUCUUUACGGUCUCCUGCCCAUCAUCCAAACGCAAUUGUUCUUGCUAAUUGACAGAGGCUGAGUGUAUGACCCCGAUGGCGAAAUAUUAUUCCCCAGAAUUUGCAUUGUAUUAAAAAGGGGUGUAAUGACCUUAGUUGCAUAACGAAACGAUUGAAACUAGUGUAGAAGAGUUGUAGGGGAUAAAAAUUAUGCAGGAAGUUGAAAUCACUUUCACUAGCGUUGUGCUGAAUAUCCUUUCCCUUCUAGCCCAUCUUUGUGAUCUUCUGGUGCUUCAAAUACUGACAAAGAUGAUCGGCAGGAUGUGGCCAUUGUUGUGAAUCAGUUCUACUUCCAGUCAUGAUUUGGUCAUUCUACAGUUUGUAAAAUGGUGUCAAGAAAUUGAAUAUCAUUUUCCCUUGAUUCAAGCCCCCAAUUAUUACGGACUUGUGAUUGUCCUAGCGGUCUUUGGCUCUUCUUACGAUUAUGAUCUUCUAGUCUAUCUCCUGAUAAUUAUAAAUUCAGCUGAUGCUGGCAUAUUUUGCCUGGGAGGGGUUUAGGGGUUUUUGAAUCCUUGCUGUCAUAAGGCAGGUCAUGAGGCCCAGUUGAAACUGGCCAGAUGCGUUAUGGGUAAACCACCGGAGGGUGGAGAUCUGCUCCUGGCAUGUCUCCUUAUACUCAUUGGAGUCACUGGGGCACAAGAGGAUUAUGGCUGCCCCGAACAGGAGAAAAUCGCGCCCUGCAGGUGCUCUACAAGGGAUAUGGAGUAUCAAAUUUGGUGCAGUCAUAGCGAACUUCCAAAAGUCCUAGAAGGACUGAACUCCGUGAGUCGCUAUAUAUCCCGUCCCAUCGACGAGUUGAUUCUCGAGAAUAACAACCUCCCCAGCUUACCUGGUAAAGUCUUCACAUCCCUCCGAGUCCUGCGUCUAAUGUUACGAAACAAUCACCUAGAGCGCGUGUCUUCCGGCUGGCUGGAAGGCCUGCACGACUCCCUCCUCGAGCUCUUUCUCGUCGAGCCAGACCUGCGCUCCCUUCCCAUCGACAGUUUGGACAAUCUCCAAGGUCUUGAAGCAAUCACUCUCCAAAGUAGAUCCAUGAAGCGCCUUCCCCGUUUCUCAGGCCUGUCAAAGCUGCGCUAUCUCCUGCUCAACUCUCGAGCACUCACCGAGCUUUCCCCUGUUAAUUUCCGAGAAUUACCGAACCUGGAACAGCUUCAUGUCUUCGGCAGUUCAAAGUUGGUCAGACUGGAGGCAGGUCUCUUCAGAUCACUGCAAAAGCUCUCUCUCAUCAACAUCACGGAUUCCGGAGUCACCUGGAUUCAUCCUCGAGCCUUCGUUGACCUUCCCGAGCUCAAUGAGAUUUCCCUCGUGGGAAAUAACCUUCCAGAAGCCUCGAUUCUCGGUCGAGCAGUGACUGAUCUACCGCGUCUCUCCACGAUUCGCCUGGAUGGCAAUAGAAUCUCGCGUCUCCAGGAAGAAUCCUUUACAGAUCUUCCCUCUCUGAGUCGCCUCAGUCUCUCGAAGAACCUCAUUACAGAAAUAUCUGCUGGAGCCUUCCAGAUGCUUCCCCAGCUCCGAGUUCUAGACCUCAGUGACAACCUCGUCAACAGAAUUCACCCAGAAUUUUUCAUUCAAAGAAGCGGAAGUGGUCUAGAAGAACUGAGCAUCAUUAAUAAUCAUUUGAAUCACGUGGACGAGCUGAGAUCAAUCCUGGGAGCGCUUCCUAGACUGAAACUUCUAGAUGCCUCCCACAAUCAGCUUCAGGAGAUACCUUUUGGGGCGUUAAGGGGACAUCCCACACUAGAAAGACUUCAUCUUGAUCACAAUAAGCUGAGUUUCCUCCAGAGGGAAACGUUCUCGGCAAUGCCAGCACUCAGAGAACUCCGGUUGAGAAAUAAUUCACUCACUAAUUUAUUGGAAGCUCCUUUUUGGAAUCUUCCGGGACUGAAGGGGCUGGAUCUCUCUGAGAAUUACUUCAGACAUGUCGAGCCAAUGUUGCUUGCAAAUCUGCCGAACUUGAGAAGACUUGACUUGAGUGGGAAUGGUAUCACUCUUGUCGAGCCUGAUUCGUUCAUCAAUACUCCGUCCCUUGAGCACUUGAAUCUCUCGAGGAACGCCAUUUCUGUGAUUCAUCCGAUGACCCUGGGUCAUUUGACGGCGCUUUAUGAGGUGGACGUUGGAUGGAACAGAUUGCUGGAGGUGGUUCCAGGACUCCCGAAGAAUAUUGAGCAUCUUCAUCUCGCCAUGAACAGAAUCAUCAUGCUGCCUAUGAUCGAGGGUCAGGAUCUGGCACUUCCUGCACUUCGGUCACUCGAUCUGAGUGCCAAUGGCAUCGACAGGAUCCUUCCGGGGACUCUGAGCGAGCUGCCCAGUCUGAAGAAACUUCAUCUGGGGUAUAACUCCUUGAGAAUACUGGAGGAGGGUACCUUCGAUGGGCUUAUGAGACUUGAACAGCUGGACUUGAGGUAUAAUAGGCUGAUAUCCCUUCAUGGCAGGAGCCUCAAGCCUCUGAGAUCCCUUAUGGAUCUUAAUCUUAGGGGGAAUAGGCUUGAGGUGAUUAGGGCAGAUGUCUUUGCGGAAAAUGUCCAGUUACAGAGGCUGGAUCUUGGAAGGAAUAAUCUGGCACAGAUCCCACACUCUGCGUUUUCCAGCACGAGGGACCUGAGGGAACUUUACGCAUCGCACAACACACUGACCGAAUUGCCUGGUUCGUUGCACGGUCUCGCUGCCCUCGAGGUGUUGGAUUUGAGCUUCAAUAAGCUCAAUAUCCUGUCGCCCGAAACGCUGAGCAGUUUGAACUCUCUACUUGAGUUGAGGCUCGUGAGGAAUAAAAUCAAGGAGCUGAGGGAGGGUGCAUUUAAUCGACUGCCUAGAUUGAGCUUUAUUGAUCUUGAGAGCAAUGAUUUGAGGAUUAUCGAAAGGAAUGCGGUGAGGAAUUUGCCGGAACUGCAGGCUAUUCGAUUGGGAAAGAAUCGCAUUCAGAUGAUCCCCAGUGGAGCAUUUACAGACCUACCUCUCCUCCAAACAGCUGAGCUCCAGGAAAAUCGAAUUCAAGAAAUAGCGAGCAAUGCUUUCAUCAACGUUCCCCAUAUUCUAUUCCUGAAUUUGAGUCACAACUUGCUGCCCAGUCUGGAGCACGCUGGGUUAUCUUCCCUACGUUCCUUGGAGGUUCUCGAUAUCAGUGAAAAUCGGCUCACCAGGAUAUCAACGGACAGUCUGGCAGCCCUGGAAUGGCUUGUUGAAUUGAAGAUGGACCAAAAUCGCAUCUGCGGCAUUCAAGGCGUUCCCUUUGACAACAUGUCACGUCUAAGAGUGCUCAGCAUGAGAAAAAAUCGAAUGACGUCUGUUCCUGAGAGUGCAUUUAAGCGAUUGAGAUCAAAUAUAGCAGUAUUAGAUAUCGAUGGAAAUCCACUGGCCUGUUCUUGUGGAAUGAUCUGGCUCCGAGGGUGGCUCCAGCAGGGUUCCUCAGAGGGCCCCAAGUGUGCUGAUGGCAGUCUAUUCAGAGAAAUGCGCCUGAGCCGACAAGAUUGUCUCUCGAGGAAGCAAGUGGACGUUGUGCAUCCUGGAUGUGAGGCAGAAAUGAUCGAUCAAACUGCCGGUUCUUCUCCCUUCGGAGAGAGUCCCCCAUCGCCCCAUUGGAUGAACCUGCACAAUCCAUCAAAAUUUUCCCACACCCCAGAAGACUACAUGUACGAUGACUAUCCAAAUUAUCCACUGGACAAUAUCACAGAUCAAGCGACCAGCGAGGACAUCACCAAAUCAUCUACCUCCUCUCCCAACACUCUCACUACCCAUGCGCAGGCCGCCCCAGUCUCUUUUAGUCGCCCUUCCAGCGCUUCCAAUCACAUCAAGUCAACUCCCGCAAAGAAGAAAACUCCACCAAUCCCUCCGUCCCCAAGCAGCUCAGGCUUCACUUUCUUCGGGGUUCCCCUGCCGAACCUAAGCUUCAACCUUUGGGGAAACACCAGCAAAAAGUCCCAGAGGAAAGAGGACGGACGUCCCUCUCGAGGAAGAUACCGAACGUUCCCACCAUCAGAACCAGAAAUACAAAAGGGAGGAUUUUACCCUCUUCCCCGUCCGGAAGGAGGAUUUGUGCCGAUCCUAGACCCCAGACUUACUUUGGAACACUCAAAAGUGAGGGAUAUGAAGAACGAAACGAUGAAGAGUGUGAACAGAACUGCUACAGUAACUCGAGUGCUUCAUCCUCCAGGAAGAAAAAAGGUGCCAAGACCCGUGGAACCAACAUCACCAUCUUCAACAACUUCAUCACCUAGUUCUAGAUUUCAUAAAGCCAGUCGUGAAAAGACCACAACAUUGAGAACAACUUCAGAUUCGCCAGCAUCCUCAAGUGUCCUGGAAGUGAUAAAAAUCCCCAGUUCAACGAUUCCCAUGAACUUCACCAUUCCCCCCGAUUUGCCGAAGGACUCCUCCAAUAAAUCGAUCCUAAUCUCCACUGAAGUCUACAACGGUGAGAAGCUGGACGUAGAUUCAGAGGGGUCAACACUUGUGGAAGGAAAAUUGGCUGGUAAAAUUGUUUGGACGACUCCACAAGCCACUGACACCUCAGAAAGUCUUAUGAAUAUUGUGGCGACCGAGGGCCUCUACGCAACCCGCAAUAAAAAUAAUUUCCUCGACGUGGAGGACCACACUUCUCUGAUUAAGCCGGAGGAAACCUCUCCAAUGAGACCAGAGGAUCCCGUGAUUUACGUAACGACUGAACAUUCCGAUGAGGAGAUUGUUCCGAUUGUUAAUGAGAGAGAGCAGGUCCUGGAGCAGAGCAGCAAGGGUAUGGAAGCCUCAGCUUUGUCUGCCUUUCUGGUACCCGGGGGGCAGGUAGGAUCACCUGCUCAGACCAUUGCAAGGACCUCGGGAAGGUCAACAAUUGAGAAAGUGGCUUCACCACAUUUGGUGAACCAGAGUCAGUUUGGGAAAAAUAAAUCGGAUGAGACUUUCCCAAAGGGCGAUCUGGAGAUCGAACGAGAGGAAGGGGAAUGGGAGACCGUGAAAGACAGUGCUCGUGGAGCCGAGGAUCCUUUUAAUUGGUAUUUCCAGAAUUACAACGACAGCAAUUUAGAACCGUUCGUAGGGGUGGUUGACAGUGGAAGUAAUGGAGAUCGUACAUGCGCUCCAGUUGCUAUUGUGGGGGGAUUUUUUGUGUUUGUGGGAAUUUUCAUGUGAUCUUUAAUUCAAGAGUGAUGACAGGAGGUAGUGGAUGAUUGGAAAUUGUGAAUAAAAUAUUUUUAAUGGCUAAAACUGACGUCAAUUUUGUCAGGAAUUUCAGUAUGUGGGAAUUCAUUUUGGAAGUGAGCAAUCCUGAAAAAUCGUUGCAGAUUAUCAAGAUUCGUCCCUGCAUAUCAUUGUAUGAUCAAAGAGAUGUGAACAAUUGAGUUAUUACAUUUUAUCCCUCCGGGACGAAUGAGGCCAAAGCAAUCCCACAGAAUUUCUCUGCAAUUUUUAAGCAUUAAAAAUGUCUUCAAAGGCUUUCACCAAUAAGUUCUCAUUGAAUGAAUAAAUAUUUACAGAAAUAUUUCAACAGAUUCGCCAAAAAGGUCAGAAACCGACUAUAGAUUACUAAUAAAUAAUCUGUAAUAUGAAUUUUAUUAUUUUUCUCAGAAUUGUAAUUACUUGAACAAUUAAUUGAUGCAAUUUCUACUCUGAGAAUAGAGUAUACGCUUAAAAAAUACAAUACCUGGCGUUAAAUUUUCUUCAUUGAAGAAAAAAACCUAAUAAGAGGCUAAAUACAAAAAAAAUAGCGCUAGAGCCGAAGUAUUUCAUAAUGCAGAAAAUAAGUAGAAGUUAUUUUUAUUGAUUGUGUUAUUCAUUUUUUUAAUUAAUCGAAGAACAUUCGGAAAUGUACAGUUUAGAUCGUUUUCUGUGUAGUAAAAAAUGAAGUUAAUGUCUGUACAGAUCCAAAAAGUGGUUUUUACUGUCCAGUUCACUCAACAGAUUGGAUGAAAUAGUCUUAUUAACAUCUUUCCCUUAGAGUUUUCUCUCCCUCGCUUGAAAUUGCUGAGAUCACUUUGUCUUCUUCUCCUUCUCAUCUUUCUUCUCCUCCUUGUCUUCCUUCUUUUCCUCUUUUUUCGUCUCUUUCUUAUCGGUUUCUUUUUUCUCAGCAUCACGGUUCGUCAGUUUGUUGUUGAUCAAGUUGUGCAAAGCAAUGAUUGACCUCACGAGUGCUGCCAGGUAAACAACGAGCAUUUGAUCGUUUGUUUUUACAUAGAGAGAGUCUACGAAGGUGUGCUGAGA